AGAGAGGGAGAGGCGGGUCCCGGGAAAGAAUUAAGGCGCCGCCGGCAGGAGGCUGAGCGCAUUGCGCAGAGCGGAGGAGCUUCGGUCAGAAUGAACACCAUGACAUCCCCGUUUGUGGUGGAGAGUCCGGACGUCAAUUACACCGCAGACUUCAUUGAGGCCAGAUACAGCUAUCCCACAGCUCAGGUCUGCCAGGAAAAUGGGGUGACCAAGGUGAAGCCGUCCUCCACCGAUGUCGUUUUCCGCACAGAGAGGCACGUCCCCAAGCUGGGCGUGAUGCUCGUCGGCUGGGGCGGGAACAACGGCUCCACGGUGACAGCCGCCGUCUUAGCCAAUCGGCUGGGCCUCUCCUGGAUGACAAAGACGGGACGGAAGCAUGCCAACUAUUACGGAUCUCUUUUGCAAGCGUCCACCGUGUGUCUGGGCACCGGUCCGACUGGCGAAGUCUACAUCCCUUUCCGGGAUAUUCUUCCAAUGGUUCACCCCAAUGAUAUCGUCUUUGACGGCUGGGACAUCUCAUCCCUGAAUCUGGCCGACGCUAUGCACCGGGCGCAAGUCCUCGACUGGGCGCUUCAGGAGCAGUUGCGCCCCCACAUGGAGGGCAUGAAGCCAAGGCCCUCCAUCUACAUACCCAAGUUCAUCGCGGAGAACCAGGAGGAGAGAGCAGACAACGUCCUGGCGGGAACCAUAGCGCAGCAGAUGGCCCAGAUCCGACAAGACAUCCGGGACUUCAAGAAUUCCAGCGGGGUAGACAAAGUGGUUGUGCUCUGGACGGCAAACACGGAGUGCUUUUCCGACGCCCAGCCCGGUGUGAACGACACAGCCGACAACAUACUCCAAGCCAUCGAGUGCGGCCUGGACGUUUCCCCCUCCACCCUCUUUGCCGUCGCCAGCAUCUUAGAGGGCUGCAGCUACAUCAACGGCUCCCCCCAGAACACCUUCCUCCCGGGGGUCGUCCAACUGGCGGUCCAACGCCGCGUCUUCAUCGCCGGCGAUGACUUCAAGUCCGGUCAGACGAAGAUCAAGUCGGUCCUUGUGGAUUUCCUCAUCAGCUCUGGGAUUAAGCCCGUCUCCAUCGUCAGCUACAACCACCUUGGCAACAACGACGGGAAGAAUCUCUCUGCGCCUGCCCAGUUUCGCUCCAAGGAGAUCUCAAAGAGCAAUGUCGUGGACGACAUGGUACAGUCGAAUCCCAUCCUCUAUGGGCCCGGGGAGCGCCCAGACCAUUGUGUGGUGAUCAAAUAUGUCCCCUACGUCGGCGACAGCAAGCGAGCUAUGGACGAAUACACCUCCGAGAUUGCCAUGGGCGGAUCGAGCACCAUAGUCAUUCACAACGUCUGCGAGGAUUCCUUACUGGCCAGCCCUAUCAUAUUGGAUUUGGUGAUCCUGGCUGAGCUCUGUGAACGGAUCCGAGUGACUGUCGAUGGCGACUCGGAGCCUGAGCCGCUCCACAGCGUCUUGUCCCUCCUGAGUUUCCUCUGCAAGGCUCCCCUCGUCCCCGAAGGAGCGCCGGUGGUCAACGCUUUCUUCCGCCAACGGUCCGCCAUCGAGAACCUGUUCAGAGCCUGCGUGGGCCUCCCCCCACAGAACCACAUGCAGUUGGAGCACAAGACCCAGAGGAAGUGGUCCUGCGCCAAGCAGGCCCCCCUGACGCUUGCACCCCCAGCAGCUUGGCCGGCCGCCCCCAAGAAGGCCGCCCCCCACCUGAACGGAUUUGUGCGGUCAGCAGAGAGCAACGGGCACCACCCUCCCGGAAGCCACCUCCUCGGUUUGCAAAACUAGGCUUGCGCAACGAAUCAUGGCGUGGUUUGUUUU